CAGUCCACUCAGUCUUCGAGCCAGUUCUCUGCCCCCGUGCUUUUGAUUGACUCCCUCUAUAAAGACCGACAACGGCCAAACGUCUUCAUCGCCAUCUUUAUAACGAAGAACUGCCGCAUGCUUCCAUGAUUCCCUGAGUUGUAGGGUUCCAUUAGCUGUGCUUCUGUUCAUUUCAAAUUCCGACAAACCCUAGCUCUAACGGGUCGAGUUGUGAGACCAGAUAUCAGCGAGGAAUUUAAAUCGGCCGAGAAAAUGGGCGGUAAUGAGGCGGAUUCGGGUUCAGGGAAGAAGGAGGAGAAUGGGAGAGUGGAGAUUGAUACUUCGGCGCCAUUUGAGUCGGUGAAGGAGGCUGCGACGAGGUUUGGUGGCAUUGGUUACUGGAAACCCUCUCGGUUUAAACUCCCGGAACAUGAGCAUGAAAUGGAAGAGGUUGACAUUUCGAAAAUGGAAGAGCAAGCAGCAGAGUUGGAGAAAGAUCUGGUUAUCAAAGAAAGAGAGACCUUGGAUGUAUUGAAAGAGCUGGAAAGUACCAAAAUAAUUUUGGAUGAGCUAAAAUCAAAGCUACAGAAACAAACAUCUGAACUCAAUGUGAGGUCUGAGUCAAAUGCAGAGGAUACUAAUGAAACUCCUGCAUGCAUAGAAGCCAACAAAGAAAACCAUGAGACUCAUGUUGACAAUUCAAAUUUGGUCGAAGGUAUGAGAACUUGUCCAUCUUCAGCUCCAGGUUUAAUCUUAAUGGAGCUGAAACAGGCGAAGUUGAACCUCUUGAGGACUACUAAUGAUAUUGCUGAUAUACGAGCCUCCGUUGAAUCACUUAACAGAAAACUAGAGAAGGAAAGAACCUCACUUGAGAAAACCCGUGAGAGGUUGGCACUGAAUCAAGCAAAACUGAAGCUGCAGCUGGCAAAAGAUGCAGAAAUCAAAGAAGGUUCAGACAAACAUUUGGACAUCUCAAGGGAGCUCCAUCGUUUGACUUGCGAGGCUGAGCAAUUCAAAAAGACAGGAGAUAAUGCCAGAUUAGAAGUUUCAAGGGCAAUAUCCGAUAUUGAGCAGACAAAGGCUAAAAUAAGAACAGCUGAAACCAGAUUGGUUGCUGCCAGGAAAAUGAAGGAAGCAGCUAGAGCAUCUGAAACCUGUGCUUUAGCUGAGAUUAAGGCCUUGUCAAGUAGUGGCAACACUUCAGGAAAUAGCUUGCAAAAGUCUGAAGGAGUAACUCUUUCAAAUGAAGAGUACUCUUCUCUAGCCUGCAAGGUACGAGAUGCUGAGGAGCUUUCCAAGAAAAGGGUAAUUGAAGCAAUGCUUAAGGUCGAUAAAGCAAAUGUGUCAAGAACGGAAAUCUUGAAAAGGGUUGAGGAAGCUACAGAAGAAGUUAAAACUAGUAAGCAGACAUUGGAAGAAGCUUUGAGUCGAGUUGAGGCUGCAAAUAGGGGGAAACUAGCAGUGGAAGAGGCACUUCGCAGAUGGAGGUCAGAGCAUGGGCAGAAAAGGCGUUCUGUACACAACUCUACAAAGUUUAAGAGCUCUUACCCAUCUCUCAAUCGUAGGGAAUCUUGUAUGCUUGAUGUGAAUGGAUUGAACUUGGCUGGAGAUGGAUCAACAGCACCUGUUUUGAAGCCUACGCUAUCAAUAGGCCAGAUAUUGAGUAGGAAGCUACUUCUGCCAGAAGAAUUUGAAACAGGAGAAAACACCGUGAAGAAGGUGUCACUUGGUCAAAUGCUUGGGAAACAAAAUGGUGUUGUACUAGUACAACCUUCACAGGAAGCUGGUAGGGAAAGUGGCCUCAAGCAAUUUUCAGGGAAGAGAAAGAAGUAUGGUUUUGCUCGGUUCUCGCUUCUUUUGACAAAGCAAAAUAAGAAAAAACCAAAGCCAACACUGAACCUGAGGUAAUGUUAUGUUCAGAGUUAUCCUUCACUAGAUUUAUUGCUAACAUCCCAUUGACAUUUUCGUUUGCCCUCGUUUUCGCGUCCCUCUGUUCCUGUCAUUCUGUCAAUCUUCUCCUCUAGUUGGCUGUUGUAAAAUGUUGAAGGUAUCUAUGUUUCUUCAUCCUCCUUAAGGUUUAUUCAUUAGAUUUUUUCGCUUCAGCUUUUAGACAUUGUGGAGUUCCGAGUAUGUAUGUUCCUUGGUUAAUCUUGUUUUGUGUAUUCUGAUUUAAUGUGCUUUGGUUACUGAGGCCUUCGAGAAGUGGUCUUGGGCCUCUUGGCCCAAUAGAUAUUUGCUUAUUGUUUUGA